AUGUCCGAAAUGUCUGAAGAAGUUAGAGCUCUUAAACCAGUUAUUGAAGAUAGAAUUUAUGUUGGAAAUGUUGAUUAUAAAGCAACUGAAGAAGAAUUAAAAGAUUUAUUCAAAGAUUUAAAAGUAACUGAAGUUGAAAUUCCAUCAAAGGAAAAUACAAGAGGUGAUAAAACUUUUAAAAGACGUUUAGGAUUUGCAUUUGUUCAAUUUGAAACUAAAGAAGAUGCAGAUAAAGCAAUUGCUGAUCUUAACGGUCAAAAAUUUCAAAGAAGAAAUAUUUUUAUUAAAAAGGCAGUUCCUCCACCAACUGAAGAAGAAAAAAAAGUUAAAAUUGAAGCUUAUAAAGCUAAAAAGGAAGAAAUUCAAAAAGCAAAAGAAUUGAAAAAAGAAGCAAAUAAAAAGAAUGAUUCAACAAAUGCUGAAUCUACAACUAAACCUAAAGUUCCAGAAGGAGAAAAAUCAAAAGAUACAAUCUUCAUUACUAAUUUGGAUUAUAAAGUAAAUGUAAAAGCUUUAAAUAAUACUUUUAAAGAUUUAAAACCAAAAUGGAUUCAUGUACCAACAAGAAGAUUUCAAAAUAAAAAAUAUCCAAAUGGUAAAUUUAGAAGACCUUUAAAUAAAGGUAUUGCUUUUAUUAAAUUUCCAAAUGAAGAAGUUCAAAAACAAGCAAUUGAAGAAUUUAAUGGUAAAGAAAUUAAUGGUAGAGAAUUAAUUAUUGAUAUUGCUGUUGAUUCAAAAGUUCCAACUAAAGAAGAACAAGAAGCUGAAGCUGAUGAAAAUGUUGAAGAUUCAAAUGGUAAUUAA